AUGAAGACUUCAUCUGUGUCUCUGCUCCUUGGUGUGUGUGAGCUGCUGCUGUCUGCUCUGACUGUUUCUGCAGCCUCUCUGACUGUCAGUCCAAACCUUCAGCAGUUCUUUGUAGGAGCCUCAGUGUCUCUGAGAUGUGAAGGUCAGGUGGGCUCUGAUGGAUGGACACUGAAGAGGGACACGGGAAGAGGGACUGAGUCAUGUGGAGCAGGUGGGCGGGGCUUAAAUGGUUCAUCCUGUUUGCUUGAUGUGUUCAAGCCAAUCAGUGGAGUUUACUGGUGUGAAGAUAAAGCUGGAGAGAAGAGUGAAGAAGUGAACAUCACUGUAUCAGAUAAACAUGUGAUCCUGGAGAUCCCUGCACUUCCUGUGAGGACAGGAAGUGAUGUCACUCUACUCUGCAAAAAGAAAAGUGGCAGCACAGUAGCAGCUUAUUUCGUCUUUAAUGGACGUUUUGUCAGACCUAAAUCAGAGCACAGCAUCACCAUUAACAUGCAGCAGUCUGAUGAAGGUCUCUACUGGUGUGCUACUGAUGAGUUUGGAUCAUCUCCUCAGAGCUUUCUGAGGGUCAAAGGUCAGAACACUGACAUCACUUCCUCAACAACAGAAGCAUACACUCAUAUCUCUGAUCCUCCUACUUACUCCUUCUUCAUAGUCCCAGUUGCAGAUUCUCUGGUCCUAGUUCUGGUUCUGGUUGUAGUCCAGCUUCUAUGGAAGAAGCACACAGCUCCCACUCAAGCUCCACCAAGUGAUGUCACCUACGCUGAGGUCAUCAUUAGAGUCAGCCAAUAA